AUGGACCGGUACCAGAAAACCGUCCGGCGGGUAAAGGCGUUAAGUCCGGAACUCGCCCUCCAUUACAUCCUACCCGCCCUCAAGCCCGGGCCAUUCAAAGACAGCGUUUGUCGGCGGGCCCCUAAGAUCAUGGAGGAGCUGAGGGAACGCGCGACAGACGAGAUCAGGGUUGAGGAGAUGAAGUUAUCUUAUAAGGAGGAUAGUCAAGAGCUGUGGAGCGAAAAGGCAAACGGGGGGAAACCCGGUAAUCUGGGAGGAAAACCGGGCGGCGGCAGGCAUAAGGAACCACGCCGGGGGCCCCGUUUCCAGCAGUAUACCCCCCUGAACGCCCCCCGGGAGAAGAUCCUACGGGAGGCGCUCAGUGCGGAUCUACUCCCAGAGCCCGUGAAGCGACCAACACCAUCCGGCGCGGAUGAAAGUAAACACUAUGCCUACCACAAGAACAUGGGUCAUACCACCGAGGAGUGCAUAACCCUGAAAGACAAAAUUGAGCAGCUGAUCCAGGUUGGGAAGCUGAAGAAGUACAUACGAGACUAUCGUCCAAAGGCGCCUGCCGAGAAGACUGCCAAACGACCAACAUACAGGUCCGAGAGACCUAGGAACGACAGGAGCGAACGUCCUCGCUCCGAGCGAAGACGAAGCCAAAGCCGAAGUAGAAGUCGCGAACAUCCGCUAAGGGGGCACAUCAACACGAUCUCCGGAGGUUUUGCCGGGGGAGCAUCGUCGGCGUCCGCCCGAAAGCGCCACAUACGGGCACUACAUUCAGUGCAUUCAGUGGAUAGGCCCCGUCGCACUAUGCCCCCAUCACAUUUUCGGAUGAAGACUUCCAUGCGCCCGACCCCGAUCAGGAUGACCCUAUGGUGA